GUUUCUUUGUAUAAUAAAGGAAGGAGAGGCGAGGGUUAACGCACAAGAACUUAAGAUUUAAGAUAUCUCUCUUCGAACUAAAGAUUUGGUAGAUGGAAGACCAAAAGCAACAUGAACAUAAGAAGCAACGUGACUCCGAAGAAAGCCAUGAUCAUCACCAUGUGGUUCAGAUUUCAAUAGCAGAGCCAAACUCAGUUCGUGCAGUCAAGAAGACAUGUGGAGAAGCUCCUUGCGGGUUUUCUGAUGCCAAGACGAUUUCAAGAGACGCUGCAGAACGAGCAGCAUCUACGAGGAAGCUGUUGGUGGCUGUUGUGCUCUGUGUCCUCUUCAUUACCGUCGAAGUUGUUGGAGGGAUCAAAGCCAACAGUCUUGCCAUUCUCACUGAUGCCGCUCACCUUUUUUCCGAUGUUGCAGCUUUUGCCAUCUCCUUGUUCUCUCUAUGGGCUUCUGGUUGGGAGGCAACCCCACGCCAGUCCUAUGGUUUCUUCAGGAUCGAGAUCCUUGGUGCUCUUGUAUCCAUCCAGAUGAUUUGGCUUCUUGCUGGUGUCUUAGUCUACGAAGCAAUUGCUAGACUUCAUAACGGUAGCGGUGAAGUUCAGGGCUCUCUCAUGUUCCUUGUCUCUGCAGUUGGUCUCCUAGUCAAUAUUGCUAUGGCUGUUCUGUUGGGACACGACCACGGUUGUCACAGUCACAGUCACGGUCACGACCAUAGCCAUCACCAUGAACAUGAACACGAUCAUCACCAUGAUGAUCCACAUUUAUCUGAAGCCUUUCUUGAUAAGAGUGAGAAGAAGAAGCAGCGUAACCUAAACAUUCAAGGGGCUUAUCUACAUGUGGUGGGAGACUUAAUCCAGAGCAUUGGAGUGAUGAUAGGAGGAGCAAUCAUAUGGUACAAACCUGAGUGGAAGAUCAUUGAUCUGAUAUGCACUCUUGUUUUUUCAGUGAUUGUGUUGUGGACAACAAUAGGCAUGUUGAGAAACAUUAUAGAGGUUUUAAUGGAGUCAACCCCACGAGAGAUAGACUCAACUAGGCUGGCGAAGGGAGUGUGCGACAUGGAAGAGGUGGUGGCCGUUCAUGAGCUUCACAUUUGGGCAAUCACUCUUGGCAAAACUCUGUUGGCAUGUCACGUGAAGAUCAAGCCAGAGACUGAUGCAGAUAUGGUUCUUGACAAGGUUAUUGACUACAUCAAGAGGGAAUACAACAUCAGUCACGUUACAAUUCAGAUUGAACGCUAACUAGUUUUAAUAUUGUUUUAAUUUUUAGACAUUCAUAAAAGAGUUCUA